UUAUUUUCCUCAGAACACGCCCAUUUUUUUGACCCACUGAUAAUCAGGAAGUCUUUGAAUUCCAGAGAAAUGAAACCAAACUCACUCACUUCAACUUCAAUUUAGUGUCAAGUGUUGCUUUCGAAGCAGGUAAGGACCAGAAAAAGACAAAAAGGAUAGAUAAUCCGUUCAUCUUAAAGAAGACUGCGAAGUAAUGGCUGAAUCCGCAGGGAGUCCGUUCGAGGAUCAGUUCAUGUGUUCGGUCUGUUUGGAUCUUCUGAAGGAGCCGGUGACGAUUCCCUGUGGACACAGUUACUGUAUGAUCUGUAUUACUGACUGCUGGGAGCAGAAGGAGCAGGAGCCGUCGUACCGCUGUCCUCAAUGCAGAGAGAGCUUCAGUCAGAGACCUCUACUGAAGAAGAACACCCUGAUCGCUGAGAUGAUGGAGACGCUGCAGAAGACGUCUCUACAAAGGGCUGCUGUGGAGUGUGAUGUUUGCUCUACAGAGAAGAACAGAGCUGUAAAGUCCUGUCUGCAGUGCUUGGCCUCCUUCUGCCAGACUCACCUGCAGCUUCACUAUCAGUCUCCUGCGUUCAUGAAGCACAAACUAGUCGAAGCCUCCAGACCCAUGGAGGACAACAUCUGCCUCAUUCACGGGAAAACUCUGGAGAUCUACUGUCAGGAUGACCGUCAGUGCAUUUGUUGCAUGUGUACUGAUAAUCAUAAAGGACACAAUGUGGUGUAUGUGGAUUCAGAAUGGACUAGUAAAAAGGAAGAGCUACGAGAGAAAAAUGUUACAUGUCUAAAGCUGAUUGAGGAACGAGAGAGAAGUCAGCAGAAAAUCAGUGAAGCUGUGAAAUUUCUUAAAAGUUCAGCAGAAGAGGCUGUGGAGAACACUGAGAAGGUCUUCACCGAGCUCAUCUGCUCUCUGGAGAAGAAACGCUCUGAGAUUAAAGACCUGAUCAGAGCUCAGGAGGAGACGGAGAUAGAUCGAGCAGAGGAGCUUCACAAACAUCUGGAUCAAGAGCUGAAAGAACUCAGAGAAAGACAAGCAGAGAUUGAGAGACUUCUGAUGAGUGAUGAUCAGAUACAAUGUCUGAAGAGCUGUCAGUCUGUGUGCGUUUUACCCGCAUUCGAAGACGUCCCCAGCAUCACUCAACACGCUCAUCUGUCUUUCAAAAACGUUUCCAUCUCAGCCUUCAGAGAGGUUUUGGAGGACGUCUGUCGCCAGCAAACGGCCAGACUUUCCCGAGAAGUGUCAAACGUCCACGUCUCAAAGCCUCCAGAUCCAAAGACCCAAAAUGAGUUUUUGCAGUAUUUCUGCCAACUUAACUUGGAUCCGAACACAGCGCAGAAAAAUCUCAAACUGUCCGAAAAGAACAGAAAAGCGCAUUCGCAUAAACUUCAGAAAUAUCCUGAUCUCCCAGAGCGGUUUGAUGUGUUUCGUUACGUCAUGUGCAGGGAGGAUUUGAGCGGCCGCUGCUACUGGGAGGUUGAGUGCGGUGGGAACGAGUGCGUUAUAGCAGCGUGUUACAAAGGAAUCGGUCGUAAAGGAAACAACGAUGACUGCAGACUGGGCUUCAACAAAACAUCCUGGAGAUUGUCUCGCUCUCUGCAGAAUUUCUAUUUCGUUCACGACAGCAAGCAAGUCUCAAUCCCUGCUCUCCUCUCCUCUAGAAUAGGAGUGUAUCUGGAUCACAGAGCAGGAAGUCUGUCCUUCUACGCCGUCUCCGACGCGAUGACUCUCCUACACAGAGUCCAGACCACAUUCACCGAGCCGCUCUACCCUGCAUUUGGGAUCGGACACGGUUCGUUUAUCAGGAUAUUAGAGCAUGAGAAAGUUCACACAGACCAGUAACAGACCCAUCAGAACAUAUGAAAUAAAAACGAGCUGUUUAAAGGGUAAUUUUAAAUGAAAACCAGUGCUGCGUAUUUAGUUGGUGUUAUAUUCAGAGACCCUUUGAUUAAGCUCAUCAUCAAGCAGACUGUUAACAUGUUAAUUAUAAUAAUUUACUUUACACAUUAUUGGUAAAUGUAUCAUACAUUAUUAUUAGUAACCUUCUAUUAUUAGCAACUUCUUACAAUUUGAUUUUUUUGCUAUUUCGUAACUGCGAUAUAUCAACAAUUAAUAAAUUAGUGCCGGCAAAAAUCUGAGAAACAGUUGUAAAACGUUUUGGCGAACAUCAUUUUAAUCUUGAAAAACCGAACAUAUUAUGAGUUUUCUCUUUCUUAAGCAUUUAUAAUGUAAAGUAUAAUAAUAAAAAAAAAAUCAUGAAA